UGACUAGACUUCAGCUGAACGAGGGAUGGUUAAAAGAUCUCACUGAACCACUUUUUUUUAUGCGACAAAGCUGGGAUCAAUGGAGGACUGAAACCUGGACAUUUUUGUAUUUACUUGUUGUUUGAGAAUGGUUUGAGAAGAGACCAAUAGGUGCACCACRUCUGAAUAUAUCUGAAAAUUGAUGGAGUAUUUUUGUACUAUAUAAAGUAGGUAUUUUUCUUUAGAUGAUGGUGAAUGUUUAAUUGGACUGGAAGAUUGCACGGUWUAAGUAUUUACAUUCUCAUUAUAACCAAAAGUCUGAGAACAGUAUUCGUAAAAGCGCUUUUACUUUUUAUGUCUAACUGACCAUGGCUGGAACAGGUGGCCCAGUGGCCACUUUCUCUGUUUGGGACUAUGUGGUGUUCGCUGGAACAAUCCUGUUUGCAGCUGGAAUUGGCCUUUUCCAAGCCAUCCGAGGUCGCAAGGAUACCAGCAGUGCAGAGUUUCUGCUAGGUGGACGGCAAAUGACAGCUGUACCGGUGGCCAUGUCACUAACAGCCAGCUUCAUGUCGGGUAUCACAGUCAUUGGAACACCUGCUGAGGCUUACCGCUUUGGUACUGCCUUCUGGCUGUUUGGUUUCUCUUAUGCCAUCAUGUCUGCCAUCACCGCUGAAGUCUUUGUUCCUCUUUUCUACCGACUGGGGAUCACCAGUGCCUAUGAGUACCUGGAGAUGAGAUUCAACCGACUCAUACGACUAAUUGGAACAUCAAUGUACAUYGUGCAGACGGCUUUGUACACUGGCUUAGUUAUCUAUGCUCCAGCUCUUGCACUAAACCAAAUCACUGGACUGGAUCUGUGGGGAGUCCUGGUGGCUACAGGAUCAGUGUGCAUUGUUUACUGUACUUUGCUUUGACCCAGAUCCYCUGAAGCGACACACUUUCUGGACCAUUGUAGUUGGUGGAAGCAUAAUGUGGGUGUCUAUUUACUCAAUCAAUCAGUCCCAGGUGCAGCGCUACAUCUCCUGCAAAACUUUAGGCCAUGCCAAGAUGUCUUUGUAUGUGAACAUGGUUGGUUUGUGGGUCACAGUGAGCCUGGCUGUUUUUUCAGGCCUCACUAUGUAUUCUAUUUACAAGAACUGUGACCCACUUGCAAAUGGUGAUAUAACCACCUCAGACCAGAUGCUGCCCUACCUUGUGAUGGACAUUCUGGCAGAUUAUCCAGGAAUCCCUGGUCUGUUUGUGGCUGCAGCAUACAGUGGUACCCUGAGCACUGUGUCUUCCAGCAUUAAUGCUCUGGUUGCUGUCACUGUGGAGGACUUCAUUUUUCCUCUGUUCAAAAACCUCACAAACAAGCAGGUGACCUGGAUGAACAUGGGUUUGAGCGUAUUCUUUGGAGCUGUGUGCAUUGGCAUGGCUGGGGUUGCUUCAGCGAUGGGAAGCGUUUUGCAGGCAGCUCUGUCCAUAUUUGGUAUGAUCAGUGGUCCUCUUCUUGGUCUCUAUCUAUCAGGCAUGCUUUUCCGCACAACAAAUUCAAUAGGAGGACUUUCAGGAAUGAUUAUCGGCCUUGGGUUGACUCUGUGGGUGGGGAUUGGGGGCCAGCUUUACCCACCAACAGAUGCGAAGACAAAUCCUCUGCCUGUCAACACUGAUGGCUGCAACAAAACAUUGGAGCAGAACACAACAGCAACACCCUGGACCAGUACAGUGCCUCUGACACAGCUGCCAGAUGUCAGGCCUCCUUUAGCAGACACCUGGUACUCUCUGUCAUACCUCUACUUUUCUUUGUUCGGCAUGCUGACUACUAUGAUAUCUGCCUUACUGUUGAGCAUGAUCACAGGUGGAUGUAAGCAAGAAAAGCUGAACCCUGACCUGUUUGUCAGGAAGGGUGAUUUGAUAUGCUUCACUUGUUGCAGUAAAUCAGAGGGAUCAGACGGCAAAGAAAAGGCUUCAGCAGACCUUCCCAUGGGAGUCGACAACUCAGCAUUUAUAGACGUGGAUGUGACRAGCAAAGCAUUUGAGAAAGCCACAAAACUUUAACACUGUUGUAACUAAACGUGUAUUGUAUAAAAAGCACUCAAUUUUGUAAAAACUCAAUUCUCUGUGUUUGCUUUAUAAUCACGUGUUUUGAACUUAAUGUCAUAAAUGUGGGCAAUGCRUUUGUUGCACACAUCUUAAAUUUGAGGAAGCUUUAACGUUUGUGGUGAAUCCUGGGAAAUGUCAAGAACUAGCAGUGGCUGCUCUAAUUAUCUGUUGUGUCAACUUUAUGUUUGUUUUUAGUGAUAUCUUUAUAUUCUAACUUCAUUUCACACUAAAGUAGAAAAAUCCACUGAAUGCCACAUAUUUCUACAAUUUAUAAAAUGAGAAUGUUUUGAAAGAACACUGGCUCUAUGUUUAUUUUCUAUAUGUAAAAUGUAAAGUGUGCACUCUGUUUGUAAUAACUGGAAAUACAUAUUACUUGACAAUAAAUAUUUUGUACCAAAUUUAAA